CCCGUGCCCAAGGCGGGGCUAGCUGUUGAAGAGCUGAAAAAGCAGGCACUGCUGCAGUGACACCGGGAAGGUUUAGUGGCGUCUAAAACACGCAACCCCCGGCGGUGACAUUACGGCCUGCGCCACACACUGUAAGUUGUCGGAUGAAGACUGGUUCUAGGAUGUGGCAUGAAGCUCGUAAACACGAGCGAAAGCUUCGGGGGAUGAUGGUGGAUUAUAAAAAGCGGGCUGAGCGACGGCGAGAAUACUAUGAGAAGAUUAAAAAAGAUCCAGCUCAGUUCCUUCAGGUACAUGGGCGAUCAUGUAAGAUUCACCUGGAUUCUGCUGUAGCACUGGCUGCUGAAAGCCCUGUUAACAUGAUGCCGUGGCAGGGGGACCCGAACAACAUGAUUGACCGCUUUGAUGUCCGAGCUCAUCUUGACUACAUUUCAGAAUAUAGACCUCCUCUUCUUACCACAAUAUCACCGGAACAAGAAGCUGAUGACCGGAAGUGUAAUUAUGAACGCUACCGUGGGUUGGUUCAGAAUGACUUUGCUGGAAUUUCUGAAGAGCAGUGUCUGUAUCAGAUUUACAUUGAUGAACUUUACGGUGGUCUGCAAAGACCAGGGGAUGAUGAAAAGAAGAAGUUGGCAGAAAAGAAAGCCUCAAUUGGGUACACAUAUGAUGACAGCACGGUGGCUGAUUUAGGAAGCUCCGACAAAGAGGACGAAGAUUCUGAUGAUGAGAGCAAAUCUGAUGAAGAUGAAGUCAUUCCAGACAUAGACGUGGAAGUAGAUGUUGAUGACGUAACUGAAGAGCAGGUUGCUGAUCUGAACAAGCAGGCAACCAGUUAUGGAAUGGCUGAGGGAGACUUUGUCAGGAUGCUACGUAAAGAUAAAGAAGAGUCUGAAGCAAUAAAACACGCUAAAGCUUUGGAAGAGGAGAAGGCCAUGUAUUCUGGACGCCGUUCCCGAAGGCAGAGAAGAGAGUUUAGAGAAAAACGACUUAAAGGAAGAAAGAUCAGUCCACCCAGCUAUGCCCGACGAGACAGUCCAACCUAUGAUCCUUACAGAAGGUCCCAAUCGGAGUCUUCAUCUGCUUCUCGUUCCCACACUCCAAGUCCAGGGCGUGAGGAAGCUAUUACUUUUAUAACCAGCUUUGGGGGCAGUGAGGAUGAAUCAGCUUCAGGCCCUGCAGCUCAAACUUCUGCAAGCAGUGGCAACAAAAGGGCCCCACAUUCACAGGCCCCUGGGACUUCUUCAGGUCGUAAAGAGGCCUCCCGACGGAGGUCUUCCUCUACAUCAUCUUCCUCGUCUUCCUCUACAUCAUCAAGCUCCAGAACGUCUUCCAGAUCAAGAUCCAGCUCUAGAUCAAGGAGAGAUACCCAUAGGCGUAGAUCAGUAUCCCGUUCUCGCUCUCGUAGAUAUUCUCGCAGCCCUGCAAGAAGAUAUUCUGGUGGAGGAUGGACAAGAGACAACAGAAAAUAUUCCAGAUCAAGGUCACCAGACCGUGAUCGAUAUUAUGGAGGAAGACGUAGGUCUCGAAGUCGUUCACGGUCACUAGACCGAUUUGGACGUGGUGGAAAGACCAGCGGGCGUCCUCGAGGGAGUAGCCAAAGUAGUUUUUCUAGGAGUCCUUCUCCAAAUCGAGAAAGAGGAGCAGGAAGGACAGUAUCUCCAGCAGUGGGAGAGCGAUUGAAAAGACCUGAACUUGCUGUUUCCAGAGAGAGCGGAGCAGCCAAAGCCAAGUUAACUCCACAGGAGAAGCUAAAACUUCGUAUGCAGAAAGCCUUAAACAAGCAGUACAAGGCGGAUAAAAAAGCAGCUCAGGAGAAGAUUAUACAGCAGGAGCAUGAACGGCAGGAGCGGGAGGAUGAGCUCAGAGCUAUGGCACGGAAGAUCCGCAUGAAAGAACGAGAGCGGCGUGAGAGAGAGCGUGAUGAGUGGGAAAGGCAUUACACGAGAAGCCGGUCGCCUUCACCGAGACAUAGCCGCGAUCACAGCUCUUCAAAAAGGAGGUCACGCUCAAGAUCCAGGAGCCCACAUCAUCGCCACUAACCAAUCAAGGUUCUUGGAGACUUUCUCCUUGUAUUAUGUCGUACAUUUUAAAUAUGACUUGCGUCACUGUGUACAUUCCCUAUAUUGGACUAUGUGUAAAGUCUGGGAGGAUGUUGUAUAAAGGACACCUGUCAGCCUCUUAUCCUCAAGACAUCAAUCUUUUAUUAGGCUGAACAUUACCACGUAGUUUGGCAGGUCCUCUGUAAACUAUACAUCUUGUAGAUGUCUUUUAUUUAGCUGCUGAUGGGGGCAUUAAUUGCGUCCUCCAAAUCGCCCUCAAACUUCAUUAUGUGGGAUAUUUUGGGCUCUAAUGAAUUGUAAUGUGGCUUCUAGGUAAACCAUUAGUGCCAUGGCACGUUCUGAUGACUUGGCAAGGCUUCUUGGUCACCUUGAUGCUACUGAUCUAGACUGGAAUCCAGCAUGCAGGUUUUGAUGUCCUUUCUUGAGAUAAAACCAGGGGUGGAUUCGAAGGGCAUGAGAAGUACAUAGGAAAGGACUUCUACAACUCCUUUCUGUCGGAUCCACUCUGGCUGGCUUUGGCUAAAGAAAGAAACGUCAACUGCAACUCAAACUAGAUAAAAACCUGAGUGUGUUUCCAGCCUUACUGAGACCUCACAGCGUGCCACAUCUGCUGCUGCAGGAAGUGCGAUUUUCAGUCCUAGGAGAAGUAGUAGUCACAAGAACACCUACAAGUUACUGUUUAUAGCAGAACUUUUAGUGACCGGUUUCCUUUAACAUUUUGCUAGGAUCCAGGAGAAUGAAUAUUGAGUAUAAUGGUGCAUACAGUUUUUUUAUUUUUUCCUUUUUUUUUUUUUUUUUUUUUCUGUAUACAGUAUCAGUUUAGUGCUGUUCACAUACAUCUGGAUCUCCGUCUCCCCCCCUCCCCUGGUUUUUUUUUGUAUUGCGGAUGACGAAGUUGAUCCUGUAGUUUUCAGUGGUGUCAGUCUUGGAUCCAGUGGCAUCAUUUGUGAUGCCAGAGCCAGCCAAGGAAACAUUACAUGCACUGAUUGUCUGUCUGCCUAUUAGAAAUCGACAAAGUGUACAAUUUUUCAAUCUGUUGUGUCUUGCUGAGGCAAUAAAAAGAACUAGCCAGACAUAACCGAUAUGCAAUCCCAUUGGACAGGUAAAUUCAUGAAAGGUGAAUGAAUUCUGUAUUAGACAUCCCAGAUCAUAAAUAGAUUCUGAAACUGGUUACCCUCACUGUAUGCAGAUCAGAUGGUAAGUGUUUCUUGUGUUUUUUGUUUUUGUUUUUUUAUGACUUGACAAACUCACUCAUUACUAGUAUUGGGCCAGUACAGUCUUCCUGUGAAUUUAACAUUUUGGUCUUAAUUUUUUUUUCUGAUAGCUGCUCGAUUUGCAGGUGGCACUUUUUAGUAACUUGUCUUAAAAGACCUGAUAUAAAGUUAAUGUAAAAUGCCAGCCACUAGUAUAAUUUUAUAAUUUUUUAUUUUCUUUUGCUUUAUUGGUUCUUUAUUGAUCAGACCAUGAGUUCUUUGUAACUCAAACAAUAGCAAUGUAGUGAUGUAUUCUUUACCGUUUGCCAACUCAUUUUUCCACAGGAAGCUUCAUAUUGUAAAAUAUUUGUUGGGUUCCUUGACAUCCUUUAUUUUAUUGUUCAUGUAAAUAAAUUUAUUUUUGCUUUCUAAU